ACCACGUUGACACAGUGGACCAGACCAAUCCGGAAAUUAACCAAACUCCUCUUCAAAGCAACAUACUGAUACAAGCGCGUACCAAUGUCAACUCUCACUAAUACUUUGCUUCAUCAUCUCACCUACAUUAUCCCCAUUUACAUCUUAGGGUUUCUGCAACUGCUCAAUUGAGCUUCAUCAAUGGCAGAAAUCGGGAAAACAGUGCUGAAUUCAGGAUGGUUAGCAGCCAGAUUUUCUGAAAUCAACCUCACUGGAGUACAACUCACUACUACUCAUCCACCUUCCGGCCCUUUUUCCCCUUGGAUGAGCGCCCUUGUUCCCGGAACGGUACUAGCAACCCUUGUGGAAAACAAAGAGCUUCCCGAUCCAUUCUAUGGUGUGAAAAACAAAGAAAUUAUAGACAUUGCUGAUUCUGGGAGGGAUCAUUAUACGUUCUGUUUUUUCACAAAAUUUGAGUGUAAGUUGGCUGUGAACCAACAUGUGGACUUGAAUUUUCGUGCCAUUAACUACUCUGCAGAGGUCUACUUGAAUGGUCACAAAAGAGUUCUUGGAAAGGGAAUGUUCCGCAGACACUCUCUUGAUGUCACUGACAUAUUGUCCCCCGUUGGUCAAAAUCUUCUAGCUGUAAUUGUUCACCCUCCCGAUCAUCCCGGUAGAAUCCCGCCUACUGGUGGUCAAGGAGGUGAUCAUGAGAUCGGAAAAGAUGUUGCAGCUCAAUAUGUGGAGGGUUGGGAUUGGAUGAUUCCUAUCAGGGACAGAAACACUGGCAUUUGGGAUGAGGUUUCACUCUCAGUCACUGGGCCGGUCAAAAUAAUAGAUCCGCACUUGGUAUCAUCAUUCUUUGAUGACUAUAAGACGGCAUACUUGUAUGCUACAGUAGAACUGGAAAAUAGGAGUGGUUGGGUUGCAGAAUGCUCUUUGAGCAUUGAAGUGACUGCUGAAGUCGAGGAUAAUAUCUGCCUGGUUGAGCAUUUUCAGACUCAGAACCUGUCAAUCCCUCCUGGGGCACAUGUUCAGUAUUCAUUUCCCGAGCUUUUCUUCUAUAAGCCAAAUCUAUGGUGGCCAAAUGGUAUGGGCAAGCAAUCCUUGUAUAAUAUCAUUAUCUCAGUGGAUGUGAAAGGAUUUGGAGAAUCAGAUAUGUGGAACCAUCUAUUUGGAUUUCGCAAAAUUGAAAGCUAUAUUGAUAAUGUUACUGGUGGAAGGUUGUUUAAGGUUAAUGGACAGCCUGUUUUUAUCCGUGGUGGUAAUUGGAUUUUGUCAGAUGGUUUACUGCGUCUCUCCAAGAAGCGAUAUCAAACAGACAUAAAAUUCCAUGCUGAUAUGAACUUUAAUAUGAUACGCUGUUGGGGUGGGGGAUUGGCUGAGAGACCAGAAUUUUACCAUUAUUGUGAUGUGUAUGGGCUGUUGGUAUGGCAGGAAUUUUGGAUUACCGGAGAUGUUGAUGGACGAGGAGUGCCUAUAUCCAAUCCAAAUGGUCCUCUAGACCAUGAUCUAUUUAUGCUAUGUGCUCGAGACACAGUCAAGCUCCUCAGGAAUCAUGCUAGUCUUGCUCUCUGGGUUGGUGGAAAUGAACAAGUGCCACCAGAGGACAUUAAUGCUGCUCUUAAACAUGACCUUAGACUUCAUCCAUUAUUUGAAACUGGCCAUGGAAAUGGCACUUUGAUAAAAGGUUUAGUUGGGAUGUUGGAUACUGAUCCUAGUCUAUACCUGGACGGCACUCGAGUAUAUGUUCAAGGAUCUAUGUGGGAUGGAUUUGCUGAUGGGAAAGGAAAUUUUACAGACGGUCCUUAUGAAAUCCAGAACCCUGAGGACUUUUUCAAGGACAACUUUUACAAUUAUGGAUUUAAUCCAGAGGUUGGAUCUGUCGGAAUGCCAGUUGCAGCUACGAUAAGGGCAACAAUGCCAAAAGAAGGUUGGAAGAUUCCAAAAUUUAAAAUACUGGAUAAUGGUUAUGUAGAAGAGGUGCCAAAUCCAAUCUGGGAUUACCAUAAAUACAUUCCCUACUCAAAACCAGGUUCUGUUCGUGAUCAGAUCCUACAAUAUGGAACUCCAAAGGAUUUGGAUGAUUUUUGCUUGAAGUCUCAACUUGUUAACUAUGUACAAUAUAGAGCUCUACUCGAGGGAUGGACUUCUCAUAUGUGGAGUAAAUUUACAGGCGUCUUAAUAUGGAAAACACAAAAUCCAUGGCCUGGUCUGAGGGGUCAAUUUUAUGAUCACUUUCAUGACCAAACUGCUGGUUUUUAUGGAUGCCGUUCUGCUGCUGAACCCAUCCAUGUCCAGCUAAAUCUUGCAACCUAUUGUAUAGAGGUAGUUAAUACUACAUCACACAAGCUAUCUGAUGUAGCUAUAGAAACCUCAAUAUGGGAUUUAGAAGGCACAUGCCCAUACUACAAUGUCUAUGAGAGGCUAUCCGUGCUGCCGAAGAAGACUGUAACUAUCACAGAGAUGAAAUAUCCUGAAUCCAAAAACCCAAAGCCAGUAUACUUCCUUCUCCUCAAGCUAUAUCACAUGUCAGAUUAUCGUAUAUUAUCGAGGAACUUCUACUGGUUGCAUUUAUCGGUUGGUGAUUACAAGCUGCUAGAACCGUAUAGAACAAAGAAAAUACCUCUCAAGAUAACAUCAAAAGUUAUUAGUCAAGGUUACACCUAUGAAGUACUGAUGGAAGUAGAAAACACAUCCAAGAAGCCAAAUCUUGAGGGUCAGCUGCACAAGAACAACUUUUGCAGUGUAGUUGGCAAAGGUGGUUAUGAUGACUCCUUACAUAAGUUCACAGAAGAUAAUGCUGAAAAUAAACGUCAAGCUAAAAUUCUCGAGAAGUUUAGCAAGCUUUUCUCUCGGGAAAGCAACAGUUUGAGGGUUGUCGAAAUCAAUGGAGCCGAUGUAGGGGUAGCUUUCUUCUUGCAUUUCUCAGUUCAUAUGUCAGAGGAGGAAAAUAAGGAAGGGAAAGACACCAGAAUUCUUCCUGUGCAUUAUUCGGACAACUACUUUUCUUUGGUACCAGGUGAGCGCAUGUCAAUAAAGAUGAAUUUCGAGGUUCCUCCAGGAAAAUCUCCACGGAUUAGACUUAGUGGUUGGAAUUAUGAUGAGCUUACUGUUUUGUAAUCCUCCAUGGAGGUGUUGGUGUCAGAGUUAACCUUGUUCCCUGAGAGUUUGUUCAUGUCACAUGAGCAACCGUGAAUUGUGUGUUUGUAUCGUUGAUUUAUGUAGCUUUUAUGUGGUGUAUAUCUUAAUAUGAUGAUAUAGUUUUUUUACAUUGCGUUGAAACAUUGAAUGGCACAACACUUUAUCCA